AUGGCUGCUGCAAGAGAUAAUUCUAAGCCCUACCUACCGGUUGCUGGUGGUGCCGAUGAUGGCUGGUCAAAAGAAGACCAGGCGACUGCCACAUGCUACUGUGGCGCAGUGCAGUUAGCCUUUCCUACACAAGGCCCGGGCUUAAUCGACACAUUCACCUGCCAUUGCGCGGACUGCCGAAAAAUCACCGCAUCCAUGUUUGUGACCAACUUCAUUGUGGCAGACACACAUUUAAAACAUCUACGUGGCCAAGAAACCCUCAAAUCAUUCAGUCAGUCGAAAACCAUAGCCUCCGGCAAAGCAAUGACAAAUUGUUUCUGUUCUACAUGUGGCUCGCUCAUGUACCGCAUCAGUGAAGUGUUCCCGGGACACAGUAUUCUGCGUACCGGAACAGUGGACGAUUUCACCCUACAUGAAACGAAAUUGAAGCCCAGGUUUGAGCUAUAUACCAAGGACCGAGUGGGAUGGCUUCGGGGCGCAACUGAUGUGGAGCAGGUCAAUGGAUCGGCUUAUCCCCCAAAGAGACCUGGUCUUUCUGAACUCUGAAUGAGACAAUUGGAGCUUCAGUGUAAUAGCUCUAGCUAUGGUUACAGAGCCAAGUACUUUACAAUCACUUGUACUCCUACGUGAUCCACGUUCCAUUAGUCAGGCUCCACAUGACCGUGCACAGAACCUCAUUAGUUAGGUGUCGAGACUGGAGAGCUCACUUUUCGACGCUGGCAUCAAUACGGAUCGCGAAAGUGUCGCGUAUAAUAAUCUCUACGCUCAUUACCGGGAACUCGAAGGGGGUUACCACCGUGCAAUUGUCCCUGAGGUCUACUUGUAGGAGUCACGCACAGAUGGCAAUGUCUUGUUCACAAUUCGAC